AUAAACACUUAAUCGUUACCAAGGAGAAAGAAAAACAGAAAGAUUUACAUUUAUAUUCUAGAAAUUAAAGGAACAAUUUGUUUUUCUUUUCUUUUGUUUCUCUCUCUGAAUAUGGAAUUAAUUAGUUCAUUUGAUUCUCUAAUUGAACAAUCAAUUCCGGGUGAACAUUUAGAUGAAGUGAAGAAAUAUAUCUAUGGUUGGAUUCCAAGGUCAUUACAAUUACCGGAAAAUUGUGAAUCAACGGCUGACACUUUGGGUGUUGAAUUAAAGGCCUACAAGUUCAACGCUGAGAUUGAACAACUUAGAUCACCAAGAUUGGUUAGAGUUGCGGUUGUUCAAAACGCUUCACCAUUGGCACCAAGUGACCCUGUUGACCAGCAGCGAUUGGCCUUACAUAAACGGAUAUCAUCAAUUACCUCGUUAGCAUCCAAGGCUGGAGUGAAUAUCAUUUGUUUCCAGGAAACAUGGCAUAUGCCGUUUGCCUUUGCGACACGGGAAAGGUUACCAUGGACUGAAUUUGCUGAGAGUGCUGAAAAUGGACCAACAAUUAAAUUAUGCCAAGAGCUCGCUUCUCGUCAUAAUCUGGUUAUUAUCUCACCGAUUCUGGAAAGAGAUGAGAAUCAUGGUGAUAUUAUCUGGAAUUCAGCAGUUGUAAUAUCUCAACAUGGGAAAAUAAUCGGUAAAACCAGAAAGAAUCACAUCCCUCGAGUUGGAGAUUUCAAUGAGUCAACUUAUUACAUGGAAGGAAACUUGGGUCACCCUGUUUUCGAAACCUCUUAUGGUCGAAUCGCUGUCAACAUUUGCUAUGGAAGACAUCACCCUCUCAACUGGUUAAUGUACGAAAUUAAUGGAGCUGAGAUCGUCUUUAAUCCGAAUGCAACGGUCACCGGACUAUCUGAACAUUUAUGGCCAAUUGAAGGUCGAUGUGCGGCCAUUGCCAAUUCUUACUUUACCUGUGUAACUAAUCGAGUUGGAACUGAAAUUUUCCCGAACGAGUUUACAUCGGGAAAUGGUUUACCUGGACAUAAAGAUUUUGGACAUUUCUAUGGUUCGGCUUAUAUAACUGGACCAAAUGGUAAACGAACUCCGUGUUUAUCUCGAACCAAAGAUGGACUUUUAAUUGCUGAGAUUGAUUUAAAUGUUUGCAGACAGGUUAAAGAUACAUGGGGAUUCAAGAUGACACAACGAUUGGAUUAUUAUGCUAAAACACUGACUGAGGCUUCCAAACCUGAUUACAAUCAGCAAAUAAUUAAGGAGAAUUAAAAUUUAAUCAAAAGCAACAAUUUAACUUGGGAAACAUUGGCCUUAAUUAUUGACCAAAACAAUUAAACCACUUGACCGAAUACAAUCAAUGACGAUCACUAAACUAAAUUAAACAUUUAAAUUAAAUUGUUGUAAAUAAAAAAAACUUAUGAAACCAAACCAAAUUGGAUUAAAAUGAAAGUGGUCAAUCAAAACAA